AGAGGUUAAAUGAUCAGGACAGUCAAGUGGAAUUAGGCCUUGCUGUGAAGACUUCAUUUUCUUCUCAGUUCCUGACCAUUUAUGAAGAGUCAACUUAUGAAAGUGUGAUGUUUACUUAUUUCCUCACAGGCCACAGUAAACACAGGUGUGAAGGAACUGUUUGCCAUGGAAGCCAGGGAGGUGGGGAACCCCACUCCCACCUAUCAUCUCAUUCCUGGGGCCAGCCCCCCCAGAGAGGAAGCUGACAGUGUACCAUCUAAGGCAACCGCAGAAACUAUGCAACUGAAAAAGGAGAUCUCUCUGCUGAAUGGAAUCAGCCUGGUGGUGGGCAACAUGAUUGGCUCAGGAAUCUUUGUUUCACCCAAGGGUGUGCUGAUAUCCACUACCUCCUACGGGUUGUCACUGGUUGUUUGGGCCAUUGGCGGGCUUUUCUCUGUUGUGGGUGCCCUUUGCUAUGCAGAGCUGGGGACCACCAUCACCAAGUCUGGGGCCAGCUAUGCUUAUAUUCUAGAGGCCUUUGGGGGCUUCAUUGCCUUCAUACGCCUGUGGGCCUCUCUGCUAAUUGUGGAACCCACCAGCCAGGCCAUCAUUGCCAUCACCUUUGCCAACUACAUCAUCCAGCCCUCCUUCCCAUCCUGCAAUCCUCCGUACCUAGCCUGCAGACUCCUCGCCGCUGCUUGCAUAUGUCUGCUGACAUUUGUGAACUGUGCUUAUGUAAAAUGGGGCACACGUGUGCAGGACACAUUCACUUAUGCCAAGGUCCUGGCGCUCAUUGCCAUCAUUAUCACGGGACUUGUUAAACUGUGCCAGGGACACUCUGAGCAUUUUCAGGAUGCCUUUAAGAAUUCCUCCUUGGACAUGGGAAAUCUUUCUCUUUCCCUCUACUCUGCCCUCUUCUCUUAUUCAGGUUGGGACACCCUUAAUUUUGUAACAGAAGAAAUCAAAAACCCAGAAAGAAAUUUGCCCUUGGCCAUUGGGAUUUCUAUGCCAAUUGUGACUCUCAUCUACAUCCUGACCAACGUUGCCUACUACACAGUGCUGAACCCUGCAGAUGUCAUUAGCAGUGAUGCUGUAGCUGUGACAUUUGCUGACCAGACAUUUGGAAGAUUCAGCUGGAUCAUUCCCAUUGCUGUUGCCCUGUCCUGCUUUGGGGGCCUUAAUGCAUCCAUCUUUGCUUCAUCCAGGUUGUUUUUCGUGGGUUCCCGUGAGGGCCACCUCCCAGACCUUCUGUCCAUGAUCCAUAUUAAACGUUUCACACCUAUACCUGCUUUAUUAUUCAAUUGCACCAUGACACUCAUCUACCUCACUGUGGAGGAUGUUUUCCUGUUGAUCAACUACUUCAGCUUUAGCUACUGGUUCUUUGUGGGCUUAUCUGUGGUUGGGCAGCUUUACCUUCGCUGGAAGGAACCUGAACGACCCCGGCCUCUUAAGUUGAGCCUGUUUUUCCCCAUCGUGUUCUGCAUAUGUUCCUUGUUUCUGGUGAUUGUGCCCCUCUUCAGUGACACCAUCAAUUCCCUCAUUGGCGUUGGGAUUGCCCUCUCUGGGGUCCCUGUCUUCUUCCUGGGUGUUUACUUGCCGGAAUCUCGGAGGCCAUUCUUCAUUCGCAAUAUCUUAGCAACUAUCACCAGAGUCACCCAGAAGCUUUGCUUUUGUGUCCUGACUGAUCUAGAUGUAGAUGAAGAACGAAACACUGAGAUGAAAACUGACUAGAUGCCAGAGGUGACUUCUGAUGCAGGCCUGGACCACUGGUCAUCUGUGGCCACAGCCACCAAAGUCAAGUUGACAAGACUGUCUCACCCUCUUGCACUAAAGGAGAUCGUUGGCCCACAUUGUGUGUAGGGGCUCAGGGCAGAGGCUUGCUCAGGUGUCACUCUCAUUGAUAUUCUAUGAAAAGAGACUAAAAUUGUGGGGCCAGCCUGAAGAUAGGGACUUCAAAAGUUGACGGUGAUAGGUAUUGGGAAAUAGGUUGUGUACUUUUAUUCUUGGUGGGCAGGUGCAGUCCUUACCAACACUGGGUAUGUAGCUGGGGCUGAGGGAGUGACUGGCGGUUUUUGAAUUCGACGUUUUGAGUUUGUACCAGGAGUUUGUAUAAAGGGGAUGCUUGUUGUGGGCAGUUUCCCUCUGAUCAGGUCUAAGCAGUUGACCUUAGAGGCUUGAAUUGCUACCAUGUCUUCCACUGGCUUAAAAUCUUUCUCUGGGGAUAGGGUUGUAUCCCACUAUUUAUUGAUAAGAACCCAGAUCACCAGUCCUAACAAGAUAAUCUGUCAGAUAUAAUAGGCUUAUAAUGUUAAAAAAAAAUUCCAGAACCCAAAGUAAUCUUUGCCCUUAAAGAUGUUUCAAUGUGUUGGUGACCACAGAUUUUUUUCCCCCAGAAAAUCAGUUUUCAUACAAUUUUUUUGUUGAAUCUCAACAAAAGAAAAAAAAAAUAUUUUUUUUACUAAUAUCAUGGUUAUUUACUAAUAUCAUGGUUUCAGCACCUGGCUCAUGUUUAGCAAAGACAAAUGAAUAAAUUCCUGAGUCAGAAAUCCGGUACUAUUUUGAAAGAUAUUUUAUCUUACUUGAACCCUUAUAUCUUUCUUCUAGUUGAAAAAGUAAAUCUCUGGAUUUCUGGCAUGGACUUCAGGAAGGCAGGAACUAUUCUAGAAUUCAGGUAGAUCACCACAAUUCUUUCAGCUGUGAAUGGCUGAAAGAUCCAGCUUGCUCCUCUACGGGCCAGUGUGCAGGUCUGCAGUGCUUACCCGCAAGCUUACCUGUCUUGGUGCUAGAAGGUGGUCACUUUAUUUUCUUGAAAACACCACACCAGGGUGCAUCCUCCUCUUAUGUCCCCGACACUAGGCUUUGUUUACACUGAGUUGCCUUGGUGUGGAUCGCCAGGACAUUGCACUCCUGUCUUUCCUGCCUCCCCUUUUCCCGGAUCUCAGCUGGGGCUGCAGUCUCAGGAAGAGGUUGCUAUUUAAGGGAACUUCUGUCUCCUCUUUGUGAAGAUCAGUGAAGACUUUGGGAAAAAGAGCUGCUUCAGGCUCAGUCUGCCUCCUCAACUGACCACAUGAUUGGAAGCAACUUACUCUGGUGCUCAGGCUUUGCCUUAGCACCCAGGUCAGUCAGGUCAAAAGGUUACACCCAAGGUUCCUUUGUGGGCAGUAUGGCUGCACUAGAUUAUAUAAGUAUGACGCUUCUAGACGUUGGAGCCCAGAAACCUGAAGGGGCACGAUCAUAGUUGCUUUUGGUUCAAUACAUGCAUCUGUGAGAACAUAGGGGAACAUUCCUAUGGUCAUGAGAUGAGGAUUUGCACAGCAAACUCCUGGGUGGCAACAGAGAGUCAUGUGCAAAAGCUGACUUGUCUAGACUAUGUAAACAUGACUCCUGUCUGAACCAAGCUGGCAUCUACCCCAGGGAUCCUCUGGAAUUAAUCCUUUAAUCGGAGCACUCUAAUCUUGAGGCUCCCUGACCCAGACUUUAGCUUUCUCACUGAAGUAAAUGACCCGCUAAUCCCAGGAAUUUGUUGCCCUGGGGAACUGCUGGGGAAGCCCAGCAAGGGCUUCACACCCCAGGUGCACUAGUACUUGCUCAGUGAACCAUGUCAUCUCCCACUCAGUACUGGAUGGUGAUAGCACUCUUCCCCUCUUGACUGAAUACAGACUUCUCCUAGGAACCCUUCUGAGGGAGGAUAAACAGGAUUUCCCCUAUAGCACAAGUUUCAAGAUGGAGUUAAUUUCACUGGCUAUUUGUUCAUUUCCUUCAGUCUUUCUCCUAGUGUGGGUAGUUUGUGAAGUUGUGAGGCCUUUAAUGUUGCUGAACCUUAAUGAUUAUAUAAACAGCAGUGAACACAUUACUGUGGCAAUGAGUAGUUUUUAAUCCUUUAUUUCUGUGUUAGGUUGCUGGCCUAUUAACUUGCAACAGAAAUUAUUCCUUUGUGGGUAGUUAGAAUGUGAAACCAAUAGUUUGCAACCUACAGGCUGCCAUAAUAGGCUAUGUACAGGGGAGGGAGAGAGAGGAAAAGAGAAAGAUAGGACACCUGCAGACUUGCUUCACUACUUGUGAAGCUUCCCCCUCCUCCACAGGUGGGAAGCAAGGGCUUGAACCUGGGUCCUUGCACAUGGUAAUAUGUGUGUUCAACAGCACUCAGCUCUCCUUCCCCUCAGUGUUGAUUUCUUUUUUAAAAAAUUUUUUUUAAAAAAAAAUUUAUUCCCUUUUGUUGCCCUUGUUGUUUUAUUGUUGUCAUUGUUGGAUAGGCUAGAGAGAAACGGAGAGAGGAGAGAGAAACAGGGGGAGAGAAAGAUAGACACCUGUAGACCUGCUUCACCGCUUGUGAAGCGACUCCCCUGUAGGUGGGGAGCCAGGGGUUUGAACCGGGUUCCUUACUCCGGUCCUUGUGCUUUGUGCCAUCUGCGCUUAAACCGCUGCGCUAUCGCCCAGCUCCCCAAUGUUGAUUUCUAAGACUUGUCACAAAGGUAGUUUCACAUCUCUAAGUUAUGUGUUAACAGACUAAAUUCAUUUAUCUCCACCAUAGGACAUUGAACCCCCCACGCUUUUUCAACUUCCUCCAUAACUCCAUGUAAAGUUAUUAAUAUGAUUGUGAAGGUGUACACAAUAAACAGAUGAGAUGGAAGUAGGAUGUAAAAGUAGGGCUGAUUAUAAAAUCUCAAGAGGUGGGAAGAUUGAGGCCAGGUGGUGGCACACCUGGUUAGGCGCACACAUUACAAUGCACAAGGACCCAGGUUCAAGCCCCAGGUCUUGCAGGGAGAAAGCUUCACAAGUGAAACAGGGCUGUAGAUGUCUGUUUUUUCUUUCUAUCUCCCCUCCCCUCAAUUUCUCUGUCUCUGUGCAAUAAUAAAUAAAAAUUAAAAAGAGGUGGGAAGAUACUUUC